AUGGUUAAGAAUCAGAUUCAAUUAUCUCACGACAAUAUGAUAAACUUGAACAGCAACAGUGAAUACCCGAUGGCAUUUUCUCAUCAUUUAACUUUAAGUGAUCAACAAUUACAAAACAAUCUUUAUACAACUACUUCGACGUUCGUUGGCAUAAAAGAUAAAAACGAUUUCUUAUUUAAAAAUCAGAAGUUUGAUUACAUUAACAACAAUACAAGUUCCAUAAUUACAAAUGAAAUCUUCUCAAACCCUUCAAAAGAUUGUGAAAAUUCUAAAAACUUUUCUGUCAAUAAUUUACUUCGACCACAAUCGGACUCGAACACAAAAAUAAAUGUGGAUUCUUCUAUUUCAACACUAAGCUUACCAGAUCUUAUGCAUGAUGCUGAUACUUCAUCCGGGAAAAAGCCGAGAAGAAAUCGAACAACAUUUACAUCCCUUCAACUUACAGCAUUAGAAAAAAUAUUCGAAAGAACACAUUAUCCUGACGCAUUUGUUCGUGAAGAAUUAGCACAAAAAGUUGGCUUGACAGAAUCUCGAGUACAAGUUUGGUUUCAAAAUCGUCGAGCGAAAUUCCGUCGCAACGAGAGAUCGAUUAGUGGAGUUCGUUCAUCUUCGGUUUCAUCUUCAACUGUUAUCCCUUCAUCACCACAAAAGUCAACGAUGUCGCAUGAAAAAGCAAUGAAUCAAAUUGACUUUCCUUCACCUUAUCAACUUGGCCUUAGUACUUUAGGCAUGUUUCAACCCUCAGUAUCGUCAACUAACUCAUUUAAAACAAGUGAACAUAUAAAUUCUUAUGGGAAUUCAUAUCAUCCUUAUACUCAGUAUCAACAAAACUACAAUAAUUAUUGUGUUAAUAACUUCCGUUAUAAAGCACCCUAUUAG